AUGUUUUCAAGUCUGUUCCGCGGUUCCCGGCAAGCCAUCACCAAAACCAUCACCAGCCGGGCUUCCAUCUACAAACCUCAAAUCCAAUCCCACACCCCCACCCUCAACUCAUCAACCGCCUUCCAAUCCCUCCUCAGACGACAAAACUUCUCCUCCGAAGCACCCAACACAUCCCGCGAGCGGCUCGGCAAUAAAGACGCCCUAGAAGCCACAAAAAAGGCCUACGAAGCGCCCCGCCUUGCCCUUCAAAGAGAAACCCAGAGAAAGCUGGACCUAGCGAAGGAGCAGUUCCAAAAAGACAUUGAGAGACACCGGACGGAGCUCGGCUACACCACGCCGGGACGGGACACAACCGAGUCCGUCCUGGAUUUCAUCCGCCGCAAACCCUUGCGCGCAGUCGAUCUGCGCGAGAGCGCGCCGACGUGCGAGUGGUACGUCCAGAAACUGGAAGAGGCCGCCGCCUCGGAGAAGAAAUGGAGGGCCUGGAAGUGGGAGCAGAUUCGUCAAGGUGCUUUCUUUACGGUGAUCUUUUUGGUGUUGAACAACGUGGCGGAUAGCGUGUUGAACCACUAUGGAAUCCGUCACGCCCGCUCCCCUCCGGCAAAGACGAGCGAGGUGGACAAGAAGGGCGAGGAGGAGAAAUCUGUUCGCGACGUGGAAGUGGCGACAGUCACGACGAAAGAGUGA